UGAAAACCUAAGUGAAAUGAACGGGCAACCAAUAGACUGAACUCAAACAGUGUAAUUAAUCUAAAAUAAACAUUAUCGAAGACAACAAUGGAUAUCAAGGCACUACAUUUCUAGAAAUGCUAUGUCUAGCCAUAUUCCUACUUCAGUCUACUUUGACACACACACAGACAACUAAAAGGUACGUUACAUACUUUUGGAAGACCACAGGGGAAUUCGACAAAGUCGAAGACUAUUGGAACCAUGGACCAAUUUAUAUCCCCGGACUACAAAAAGUUUUCACAGGAUCUACCACACCUGUUGAUGUAUUCCCCCCAUGGCUGAAAAGAAGCACAGUUACUACAACUGCGGGAGGAACGAAACAAGAUGUGUCAAUAAUUACGACUCCACCAUUUACUACCUACACUAUAGGAUAUACAACAGAAAAUCCACCUGAUCUGGUUACAACAACAGCAAAGGUUGCACCAACAACAAAAUAUACAAUAAUCACAACAACACCUUUAACAACAAAACCAGUGGAAAGUGAAGAAGAGGAAGGGACGUACCCGUUCUCAGCGUUUUUGAGGAAAUUAUUUUUGACUUUGUCACUUAAACGUCUUACCGAACUGCCGCCUAUGAUCAACCAUUUCAUUAUUCAUUUGCGCACAAUACUUGAUGAUCUACAACCACAUCUCGAUAAAGUAGUCGUCGAAUUUGUAAAGGAUUUUAUACGAAGUAUUAGGGACAGUACUGGUUCAGAAGGAAUGCGUGCAAAAUGUUACGAAUAUUACCAAAAGCUUUCUAACCGCGACACGCUGGAGCCCGACAUUGACGGAUUCCUAGGCCUCUUGGACGAUAUCUUUGAUGUAUCAGAAGAGGAGUUCAUGCAAGAUAUUCUGCGCGACAUAAAAAAGUUCCCAAAUUCUGUUAGACCUGCGCAGAACAUUUCUUACGAUAUACUUGACAAUCUUGUUGUAGUACCUAUAAAUAGAAUUGCUGGUACCCCAAAAGGUAAAGCUUUGCUCCUUAUGAUGAUAGACAUAGUACAAAAAAGAAAGUCAGGUACCAUUCCAAGCUUUCGAAGAAGAGGUGAUUAUUACAAAAAUUCAAAUAGUGAUAUGGAUGACACAUUCCGUCCAACAAAAACAAGAGACAAUUAUAAUACCUAUGCAAAUAGUGAAAUAGAUGGCAUAUACCGGCGUGGCGUGUCACCAAAAAUCAAUAUCAACAGACUGGAGACGAAAAAAAAGCAUGUACACAAACUACAUAAGAAAGGGGGUCGAACUGAUAAUAUAAAAAAGUUCACGCAAACAAUAUACGAAAGCAUAUUAAAUAAUAUGAAGGAUAUACGUGAGUUUAUGGAUAAAGUUGUUGUAUCGUCGUCAGAAACGAAUGAAUACGAGUUAACUGGCAGUGACGAAAGUGAAGACAAAGUUAAAAGUAAACUAAAGGAGCGUGACAUUAAAUUUCGACUUAACAAAGCCGAAGAAGAAGAUACUGCUUAUAAAGAUUUGCAUGAAUUGGGCAAUGAAAAAUUCACGAAACAAAGACAAAAAUAUGAUAAAGCUCAUAGCGAUGAGAAAGGGCUUAGAAGUAAGAAAGAAACGAUCUUACUCCCGAAAUUAUCAUUGACUAAACUUAUAAAAGAUAGACUAUUCGAAUUCGUAGAUGGCAGACAAACGAGUAGUUAUAUUAUAUCUCGAACAACUUAUAGGAAAAACGAGAAGAAAAAACUAUUACCAAGUCCGUCGCACUAAGCUCGGAAGAUGAAAUAAUGGGUCACUAUAUUAACCAGGCUAUUUCAAUAAGAAAUAAACUUACAACUAGUUUUUCCCUAUCACACAACACAAAUACUCAUAAGUCCCGUUAUCGCUCUAAACAUGUGUCUACUGCAGAAACUAGAAAAAGAACUAAAAAAAGAACGCAUAAACAUUCGAAAUUUAGAAAACCUUUAGAGACAACACAACAAUUAAACACCGGCGAGUCAAUAACGAAAACAAAAGAUACUAAUGAGAAAAUCGAAAUGCUAUUAACUGAAAGCUUGGGUAAAUUUGCAACAAGAGUUAAAAACAUAACAAAUGAAAAGAGUGAUAAAAAUUUGGAAGGUGCUGAAGGAGAAGAAGAUACAUCAAGAGAAUCUAAGAUCGGUAUUUCGGAUGCAGACGGCUCUUCAGAAGAUACAGGGCUCCGUCUGGAGCUGGAGAGUAAAAACGAGGAAGUAUUAAGAGAAAGAGGAAAGAAGUAUAAACAUCGUCAGAGACAUAAACAUAAAAAACACAAGGGUCAUAAACAUCCGCAUUACGGGAAAAGAAAGUACGAACGUUUGAAACGUAAAUAUAUAAGAUUAAAAGAAAUAUUGGCUGCACAAAAUGAAAAGUCCGAAGAAAGUAAGAAAUCUAAAGCUAUAAACUCGAAGGAAGCCGAUUUUAUAGAUAGAUAUGAUAAACCGAAAAGCUUUGAAAUCAGGAAAAAGGCAGAUGCAGAUUUCAAGUACCAUGCUGAGGACUCAACGCCAGUAUUAAGAGGAGUAAGAGAACGCCACCUUAGAACAGAUAAAAUCAACAUAUUUUUAGAGGACUAUGAUAUUAAAGCCAGUAUUGAAGAGGACAUUGAUCCUGAAUCCUUUACUAUUCGUAAUCAUGGUGUUUAUAGAAAAUCUCUUCAACAAAAUCCGACAAUUGUUUUUGAUGCGAAUGAUUCUACUGAUAUAGAAAAAGAAAUAAAGGAGAAUAUAAAAGAUGCGAUUCAACACGACGGUUUUGUUCAUAGUAAUGUGACCAGAAAUCCAGCAGUUGUUUUUGAUGCGAAUGAUUCUACUGACAUAGAAAAAGAACUAAAGAAGAAUAUUAAUGAUGCGAUUCGACACGAGGGUUUUGUUCAUAGUAAUGUGUCCAGCUCCAGUUAUCACAAUGAUAACGCGUCUACCGCCCGCUUCUCAGAAUCCCCCGAGACAGAUGUUGAGGCCGUAUUGAAAAGCAACAUUUUUAAAGCUGUGAAGAAAUUGUUGAAAAAGUGAAACUCCAUGUGUCUGUUGUAGUUGUAGAAGAUGCUCAUUUAUAAAGAUAUGCAAAAAAAAAACGUUUUU